AAUCCUCUGCAAACUUACAACCACAAAAACAUUUUAUGAGGUCAGAGAACUAUUUGCGGAAGGAGUCAUGUGAGCUAUUUACUCUGUGUUUUGCAAUACAAUUUCUACUCUGAGAUUACAUCCUGUCUUGUGUUAAGUUAACUUGAUUUAAGUUUGCUGUCUUUCACAGAUUCAAAACUUCCUAACAAUGGCAACGUAUCCAGCUACAACCGUUGUUAUGCAUCAUCACCAACCUAACAUACACAUGUUCAGGGAGCUUCCUGUACGCAUGCGCUGUCAGUACUGCAGCGCAGAGAUUACCACCAGCACAACAUACGAAACGGGAACACUGACAUGGGUCAUUGCUGGUAUUUUGUUGCUUUUUGGGCUUUGGCUGGGCUGUUGUUUGAUCCCGUUCUGCGUUGACGGAUGUAAAGACGUCGUCCACAGGUGUCCGAGUUGUCAACAGGUGGUUGGCAAAUUCAACAGGAUGUAGCGCAUGUCUACAGAAAGUCAAAAGUGCCAUAGAUUAUUCUAAAGGAACAGAGAGAUUAAUUUUAUCGAAGGUCAAAAAAGUGUGCCAUACAUAUUAUACACAGUAUACACAUUAUUUUUUUUUACCAGAGUGCAGAAUCUGUGUGUUGCAUACUUUCUACUUUUCUUCUUAGGAUUAGCUGUGAUAAUUUUCAUUAUAUUGUGAUAUUUUACUAUUGUUCAAUUACAAAAAAGUUUUAUGUGUUAAUAUAUUUUUCAUGUUUUAUAUUUGAUUUUAUUUAUAUUUUCUUUAAAAACUGACAACAUUG